ACCACUGGGACUACCGCUGUGAGCGACGGCCUCGCAACACGAGCAGUAGCACCAGCGUCAAGAGUCCUAGGACCACCGCGGUCUGUGCGGCAUCGCAGCGGCCGGAGGAGUCCGGCGGGUAGGGCGGCCCGUAUGAUGGCAGCUCCGUCGACGGCCGAGAAAGCGGAGGAGGGCGAGGGUGAGACGGAGGAGGGGUUCGUCCUACCAAGGGCGCCGCUGCCGGAGAUAAUCGUUUCCAAUGUCCCCGGGAGCUGGGCCUACGACACAAUGUCGCGGCGGCUGCGGGAGAACAUCCUGAUGCGCAUCUACGACGACAACGACAUGAACAAGCCAGAGAUGGCUUCGGCGAAGGAAGCCUUGGAUGCCCUCGUCGAAGAACUCAAGACCGCGGGAGACUCGAAGCUGAGGCCCAUCUCCGAGGAUGGCGGGCCGGAGGUAGCGGAGUGGAACAAGGUCAUGGGGCCGUUCCUGGGCAUGAGCUGGCUGGACACGCCGUGGCUCUACUCUGAGUUUUACGCCUACCGUCGGGUGGUGGAGGCGUUUUCGUUCUUCAAGACAGGUGUGGACCCGUUCAUGGACCAGAAGAUGCUCGGUGUCACGUCCGCGCUCAAGUCGAUGGAGGCCCUGGCCAAGCGUUUGCUGGCGACCGAAACCGACGUGCUAGGUUCCGCGACGGGGAUUAAGCUGUACGCUACUGCGGCCCUAUGGGGGAACCGCAUGGACCUCAGCAUCUGGCCAGUGGAGAAGGACGGGGCGACCUCCGCAGGGAGAGGGGACGUCUUCUCUCAGGUGCUCGAGUCGAGCUCCGAGAACCUCCUAGCGGACGACGCGGACAGGGUCGCGGAGGCACUCGUGGCGUGCCGGGAGAGGGGAGGAGAGCGGAUAGACAUCGUCGUCGACAACGCGGGGUUCGAGCUGUUCUGCGACCUGUGCCUGGCGGACUGCCUGGCCACGGGGGGCGCCGCCAGCCGCGUGGUGAUCCAGCUCAAGGGACACCCGACCUUCGUGUCCGACGCCAUGGCCAAGGACAUGAUGGCCAUGAUUGACCUCCUGGCGGACCUCGACUCAUCCGAGUACCCCAGUGCGAAGGCGGUAGGGGAGAGGUGGAAGAAGCUGAUCGCUGACGGGAAGUGGGAGCUACGGGAAGACUUCUUCUGGGCGCAGCCGAGGCCGCUGUGGGAGAUGCCCGCGCGAAUCCGAAAGGAUUUACGAGACGAGAGCUCGAUGGUGUUUGUGAAGGGGGACGCCAACUACCGGCGCUUGAUCGGGGACAGAAGGUGGCCCACGGACACGCCGUUCUCGGACGUGGCGGGCUACUUCCCCACAAGACUGUGCGCGCUGAGGACGCUGAAGGCGGAGCUGGGGUGCGGGAUGGAGAAAGAAGGGACCGAGCGCGCCGCCCGAAGUCACGACGACUGGAUGGUGAACGGCCGCUACGGGUGCAUACAGCUCUUCGACCCGGCCACGGAUUGAACCCGUCGGUUGACGUUUUUUUUCCCGCAUACAACAAUAUCGCCUCAUCAUGUAUCAA